AUGGUCCGAAUGAACGACUGUGAAUGUUCUCAAACACCACUUAUCCAACUGUCGCCAUUCAUUCAUCAAGUGGGCGGUCAUUCAUCAAUGUUUCAAUAUGACAAAAAUACAGUCUGUAAAUUACUGGCGCCUGCCGAAUACGAUUUUUAUCAGUCGAUACCCGACAUGCUAAAACCAUUUGCACCCGAGUUUCGAGGUUGCGUGACAGUUCAAUACUAUGAAGAUGAAUUGGGUUAUAUAAAAUUGUUUGCUCGACCGCAGACCAAUUCUCUCGAGAAUCAUCCGUCGUCAAACGAGCAAGAGCAGUCAUCAAUUGCGGACAAAUCAGUACAAUUACGCUGUUCAAAAGAUGGACACGUCGAUUAUUCGAAUAGUUUGGGGAUUGAUACUGUCAAAUAUGAAAAAGGGAAACCAUCAAUGGUUCUAAUCAAUCCUUGGAGUUUACAAUUGUGUAAAAAGCAAGCCGAGAAGUUGCAUCGACAAUUAAUCGGUGACGAAAACGUGACUAUAACGCAGAAGUACAUUUUACUGGAAAAUGUCACAGCGCGAUUUCAUAAACCAUGUAUAUUGGAUUUGAAAAUGGGUAAGCGUCAGUAUGCUGAUGUGGAUUCGGACAAAAAACGGCAAUCGAAGAUACAAAAAUGUGAAUUGUCGACAUCAUCCAAAUUAGGCGUACGGCUGUGUGGCAUGCAGGUUUAUCAAGCCGAUAGUGAUCGGUACAUAUUUACCGAUAAGUACCGAGGUCGGAUGUUAACGGUUGAAGAAUUUCAUUCGUCAUUACGACAAUAUUUUGAUAAUGGAUCUACUCAACGUUUUGAUGUCUUACCAGAAAUCAUCAAGCGAUUAGAAUCUUUAUAUGUAACCAUAAAUUCUUUGUUAAAAUAUCGAUUUUAUAGUGGAAGUCUUUUGAUUGUUUACGAUGGUUCACUGCAAUCGAAUCUGAUUGAUGUACGUAUGAUUGACUUUGCUAAUACGAUACUUGGUACAGUCACAAAUGAUGAAGUAUCAAAUCCUCACGUCGGUCCUGAUAAGGGUUAUCUGUAUGGACUUGAUUGUUUAAUAAGUUCCUUUCGUGGCAUUUUGAAAGAUGAUGAACAUAAACGUGAAAUGAUUUCAAUUGAUGAUUUUGAGAAAUAG